AAUAGCUUCCGCAGGUUAGUGUCCUGUUGGAGUCUUUAUGUCAUUUCUUCCACUUCGUAGCGAUGGGAUCUCUCGAGUGUUUAGUCAAAAGCAAAGCAUUGCUCUGCUUUCAAACGUUUCCUUCCACCACCCAUCUCUGCCCCAAGGCAGGAAAGGCGCCUCUCGCAGUUCAUUAUUCAGCUACCAACAGUGGAACCCAUAGCCUAAAAGCUUGAGAAGAAGAGCCAUAUUUGGUAGUUUCAGUAUGGCGACGGCUAUACCUUGUGGAAACACAGUGGUGACUGGGCUUGGACCGCGGCUUUUGUCAAGCUUGAAUACCAACAAAUGGCGGAUAUCUCAAGCGCGUGUUUCAACUGAGAUAGAAGCGUUAUCAUUUUCAAGUUCAAGCAUUUUUCCUCAAAAUUUGACGCAUUUGUUAUUCAAUUCAUGGUCACCUAAAAUCCCAUGUCACCACUUGGCAAGGCGUCUGAUUGUCAAAGCUGCUCGGGACUACUAUUCCAUCCUUGGAGUAUCUAAAAAUGCCAGCAAAUCAGACAUAAAAAGCGCUUAUCGAAAACUCGCCAGGAAUUAUCAUCCUGAUGUGAACAAGGAAGCAGGAGCUGAACAGAAAUUUAAGGAGAUUAGUGAAGCUUAUGAGGUCUUGUCAGAUGAUAAGAAGCGUUCUAUAUACGACAGAUAUGGUAAAGAUGGUCUUAAAGGUUCUACUAUGGACAUGGGGGACUUUACCAAUCCAUUUGAUCUAUUUAGCUCAUUUUUCGACAUGGACAUCAGAAAUAGAGGUGCAAGAAAUAUGGCCGCAGAUGGCGAAGAUCUAAUUUGCAAUCUAGUCUUGACUUUCAAGGAAGCUGUCUUUGGGGUAGAAAAAGAGAUCGAUGUGUCCAGGCUUGACAACUGUACAACCUGUGAUGGUUCAGGUGCAAAGUCAGGGACCAAGGCAUAUACUUGCACCACAUGUGGUGGGCAAGGGCAAGUUGUCUCAUCAUCAAGGACUCCGCUGGGUGUCUUCCAGCAGGUAAUGACAUGUUCUGCCUGUAGUGGGACUGGGGAAACAUUCACUCCUUGUGACAAAUGUGGCGGCGAUGGAAGAGAGAGGAAAUCAAAGAAGAUUAGCCUGAAGGUGCCUGCUGGGGUUGAUUCCGGUAGUCGAUUGAGGGUCAGAUCAGAGGGCAAUGCUGGAAAGAGAGGGGGUGCUCCUGGUGAUCUUUUUGUUGUCAUUGAAGUGAUCCCAGACCCUGUACUGAAACGGGAUGACACGAACAUCCUCUAUACAUGCAAGAUUUCAUACAUUGAUGCAAUCUUGGGGACAACAGUGAAGGUACCUACAGUUGAUGGAUCGGCCGAUCUUAAAAUCCCUGCCGGUAUCCAGCCUGGAACAACCUUGGUGAUGUCAAAGAAAGGAGUGCCGUUGCUGAACAAAGGCAGAAUGAGGGGGGACCAAUUAGUGAGAGUGCAGGUGGAAAUCCCAAGGCAGCUAAGUGAUGAAGAAAGGAGGCUCGUUGAAGAACUAGCCAACCUGAAGAAAACCAAGACUUUGAAUGGUAGCAGGAGAUAAGAGGGUAUAUUAGCAUAAGCAUUUUUCCUGGAAUUCAUGUAUUUCUUAUAUUACAAGUUUCUGACAAAUUUAUACCACAAUUAUGAUAAUUGACAAAUUCAUUAUUAGAAAGAUCUAUACAAA